AUGGACCAAGGGAAAGAGCGCUUAUUCUUUGUUAACAGCUCGUCACAAUCUCGUCUAGGGCAGCUCGAAGGCUCCCGUUUUCCUCGUGGGCUGCCCGGAGCUUCCUCUUCAUCGACCGGCACCCGUCGAGCGACUUCAAAAGUUGUUCCGAAAGCACUCGAUUACGCUCCUGAAGCUCUCGGAAGCCGGGUUUUUUCUCGUCGGUGGCCCAACGCUUGGCCUUCUCGAGAAGGGACUCGUUCUGGGUCCGCAGACUAUUUAAGCCGCCACAGUGACAUUGCAAGGUCCAACAAACUAAACAUCAAUCAACUACCUUUUACUUGUUCUGCUCCAUCAAACUCGGCAAGGUUCUGUAGAGUUAUCCAAUCGCCUAGAGACAUAGGGUAUGGAAUCGAUGUCGAGCUUCUAAUACUUAAAUUCUGUCUCGAGCCUUUAUAG